AUGGCGACAUCCACAUCAUCAGCCACAUCUGCCCCCGCCCCCUCAUCAUCAUCAUCGUCAUCUUCAGCACAUUCAUCGAAGCGGGUGGGGCAGGUCAAGACCAACAGCAAGCUCAAUCUCAUCUCGCCCCGCAGCUUCAAAUUCCCUGGCGAGAAGCUCCUGAAGAAGAUCGGCAGCGCGUCCAUCAGCAAGGAGAAGGAGAACACCCUCACCCUCUCCACCUCCGUCGCUACCCGCCGCGGCCGGCCCAAGCGGCACCACUCGCUGGACGACCUCGACGACUCCAUGCGGCGCAACGUGUCCUUCGGGCGCAAGGGCAACAAGGCCCGCGACGCCAUCGCGUCGGACUCGGAGGAGGACAAGGCCUCGCUGUGGGACGGCAGCUACGGCGACGACGACACCUCGUCCUCCCACUCCUCCGACACCGACAGCGAUGACUGGCGGGAUCCGACGUGGGUGCUGGACGAGUGGGAAGAGGAGGAGCGACGGCUGUGGCGCGAGAAGAAGCAGCGCGAGAAGGAGGAGCUGGAGCGACGAGAGCGCGAGGCGGCCGGGCUGCCGCCGCUCCCGCCGUCUGCCGAUAGCGAGAGCGCUGCCGCCGGGGCCGCAGUCAGGCUCACUUCGACCGAAACGAGCAGCGAGACCGCGUCGUCAGAGAAUCUGUCGACAAUGACGUCGGCCAGUAAGUCGACGUCGACGCCGACGUCGCCGACGCCGGCCAGCAAGGCCGCGUCGCACCAGCGGAGGAACAGCCGCGUUGAGAUCAUCGUGGCGACGGACCCGCUCAAACAAACAAAGAACGAAAGCGAAAGCGAAAGCGACAGAGUGCGGAGCAGUUCGCGGGAGUGGCCCCUGCGCCGCGCCCGUUCGUUCUCCGAGACGGGCGAGGCCGGGCGCGUCGUCAAGAGCAAGCUCGACCCGGGCAUGAAGAAGCGGUCCCUCUCCUCCCACUCCCUGCCGUCAUCUGUCGACAAGCAGCAGCAGCAGCAGCUCAAGCGCCGGGUGAGCCACGACGACGCCGUCAACGGCGAUGACAGCGACAACGACAACAAGAGCGCGUCGUCGAAGCGCGAGCGUAAGCGCAAGAACAGCAUCAAGCGCAAGAGCGGCAGCGGCAUCUUCAGCACAUUUGCCGGCAUCAAGCACUCGUCGACCGACGGCGGCAGCGGUAGCGGCAGCGGCGCGAACAACGAGGGCUCGGGGUUCCUGCAAUCGGUGAAGCGGCGAGGCCGGUCGCUGAGCGGCAAGGGCAAAGGCGUCGACAAGGAGCGCGUCGUUGUCGACAAGGAGCGUGUCGACAGAGACAGAGACAAGGAGCAGGCCGUCGGCGUCGGCGACGGCGUGCGAAGUCCCACGACGCAGAAGCUGUCGCGGAGCGACGAGAAGGUGCGCAGCCAGGCGGCGGGGCAGGCGGCAGCCGGAGGCUUCGACCUCGACGACCUCCGAUCGCCCCGACACAGCGUGUGCGUCACCCGACCCACCGCCACCAGUCCGGCCCACAGCCACGCCCACGCCUACAGCAGCGGUGCGAGCCCGUCGAACAAGGCGCCGCCGACGGCCACCAAACUGUUCCCGAAGCGCGAGCGGGCCAGUUCGAGUUCGGCGCCCUACGUGCCGCGGCUCAAGCUGCCCUCGCACGCGCCGGCGGCGCCCAAGUCCUACUUCUCCGCCGGCAGCUCGUCGUCGGCCUCGCUGUCGCCCGUCCCGUCGCCGCUCACGUCGCCCGCGGCCGUGUCCAAGUCCACCACGUCCCUGCCCUACCACCACUCGGGCGGCGGUGACGCAACGGUCUCGUCGCUGCCGUCGUCCCCGCGCAGCGGCUUCCUCAACACCACGCCGGCGUCGUCGCCCUCAUCCCCCUACCUCCACAUGCCCCACCGAACCCCGCCACUGUCGCCCAAGGGCGACAAGUUUAGUAGCAAGUCGGGGAGUCGGCAGGGCAAGCACCGAUCUUCUUCACUGUCUGGCGCGAGUGGGUCGGAAGGCGAGGCCGAGAGGUUGACGUGGAGCAACGUGUGGCAGUCGACGACGAUCGAGCGAGAGAUGGAGAUCAAGGCCGAGGUGGAGCUGGAGAUGGAGAUCGAGGAGCGCGCGCGGUCUGAUGAGCUGGAGCUGCCCGGCCUAGGGAUCGGCACGUCGUGGCAGCCCAUUGCGCUCCAGCAACGCACGGACAGCCGGGAACGGGUCAGCCACCGUGGCGAAAGAGAGAAGAUGUCGACAAGCACGACGGCCACGGCGACGACGCCGUCGGAGGUAAAAAAGCGAAGCGACCGACACAGCGGCGGCGCCGUCGCCACGACCGCCAGCAGCGCCGGGCUCGAGAUGCGAAGCCCCGAAGUGCUGCGGUGGAGCGGAGAGAUGUCGCGUCGGAGUUAUAGACGAUCGUCGCUGACCGGCUCGCAGCCGGCGCCGCCCGGCGUGUCCAGCAAGCCCGAUGCGCGGGAGGAGGCCCUCGCGGCGCGCGAGGAGGCCCUGCGCGAACACGAGGAGAAGGUGCGGCAGGAGCGCGACGAGUUCGAGCGCGAGCGGAGCGAGUGGCAGCACGAGCGGGAGAAGCUGUUGCUCGAGCUCAAGCGCAUGCGCAUCCUCCAGCAGGAGGGCAUUGCCGGCACUACGAUCGGCGUGAUGGCGCCCAUGCCCAACGACCGAUUACUGUGGUCGCCGCAGCACGACCUCUCCACCGUGGUCGGCAACAACGCCGCGGCCGCGCGACAAAAGAGCGAAGAGAAAGCGAAAGCGAAGACGAAAGCGGAGGCGGAGAAGAACGAAGACGAAGAGGGCGAGGGGGAGAACGAAGAGGAGGAAGAGACCGCAGCGGCGUGCGCGCACUGCCGAGAGAAGGAGGAGACCAUCAGGAAGCUGGAGCGGGACCUGAAGCGAAUCAAGUACCUCUACUAUGAGGCCAACGGCAAGCUGAUGGAGAGCACCAUGCGCGAUAAGAACCGCGACAGGCACCAGCUCAGCGGCAGCUCGGGCGGCAGCUCAGGCGCCAGCGCCAGCCUGCACCGAUCGGACUCAGCCGAGUCGGCCUCGGGCAUGGCGGCCACAACACCGCGCUCGCGACAGCUCAAGGAGACUGCAUCGCUCAUCUUUCACGAGUCCAGCUCCAAGAGCCGGAUCCCCGUCUUCGAAGAGUUGACUUUUCCCCUCACCCCGAACCUGAUCGAUCAUCAGUAG